GCCUCAGUCGGUCUGACUGCUGAGAAAUCAGAUCCUGAAGUUGCGUUGUGUGAAUGGACUGGAGGGGAUGUGGUCGAUUUAAAACCAAAUGUUCUCACACGAUAUUUCUCUAAACCUUUACCAACCGGACGGUGGGCUGCUUCAUUAGCUGUAGCGAGGUGGACGAGGUAACUCUGCUGACGACUUUACACUUUUUUGGAGGCCUGAGGGGAAAAAACACACAAGCUAGCGAUAAGUAACGUUAGCCACCAUGUCGUGGGAAGAAAUGCCUUGUUUUCUGGCCUCGCCUCUGCGCUCGGCUCUACCCCGUUCUUCUGCUCUCUGAUCCCACUGGACAAAACAAACAGAGGUAACUUUCGCACUCAGCUGUCAAUGCAGCUAACAGCUAGCCUUAUAAAUUAGUCAACACCAACGGUAUUACUCUAGCUUAACGUUACUAGCUUGCGAGCCAUGGCGGACAGCUUUGGAGAGCCGUCCAGCGGCGGUGCCCUUGGCUUAGGCGUUACCGGACAGGGCAGCGGGGCUCCGCUGCUGCCGACUUUGGGCAACUCUCUCCCAGGAGGACACUCGGCAGCCAGCGGUGCUCACUCCAGCGCUAACCCGGCCUCCCCUCCUCCUGCCGCGGCCGCGCAGAGUGGCCUAACCGCUGUGGUGGCCCCUAUGUCCGCUGUCACUGCUACCACAGCCGGUUUUGGGAACACAUUCAGCCCCGGCUCCGUGCCACCCGUCGUGGCCGUGUCUCCGACGGUACACGCUUCCUCGGCUCUACCCGGUGUCGGGCUAGGGGUUGCCGGGGUGGCAGGAGCGGGCCUCCUGUCCCAAAUCCACGCCACUUCGUGGGACCCGACCCUCAGUACGGACUGGGACAAUGAAAAGGCUUCCCAGCAGUGCAUCCUGAGGAUAAAGAGGGAUAUCAUGUCCAUCUACAAGGAACCUCCACCAGGGAUGUUUGUCGUCCCUGAUCCUCAAGACAUGACCAAGAUACAUGCCCUGAUCACAGGGCCGUUCGACACACCAUACGAGGGCGGCUUCUUCCUUUUCUUGUUCCGCUGCCCCCCAGACUACCCUAUCCACCCACCGCGGGUCAAGCUCAUCACCACCGGACACAACACUGUCCGCUUCAACCCGAACUUUUACCGCAAUGGCAAGGUCUGCCUCAGCAUCCUGGGGCUCACUUGUUCAUUUUUCGGUCCCUCUACCCAGGACCCAUUUGGCGAGAAGCGCGGCCGUUUCGACUACCAGGGCCUACUGGCUCGCCUCAGCGCCACCCACAGGCGAAUACGCGAGAAAAGCCUGGCGGAGGACGACCACAAUGACGACGAUUCGGACUCAGACACCAGCUCCUCUGGGACGGACCCCGACAGCCAGGGCAGCUCCCAGCCCUGACUCCCUGGACGGUGCUGGACUCAAAGCCAGGCCAAGAACUAAAGACAAAGGGACCUUUUUUUGUUUUGUUUGCAGUGGAGGAACAAAAUCACAGAAGAGAAUGCAAACCCCUAUGUUUAAGGCUUUAGUGAGUCCAGGGUUCAGAAUUGGAAUCAAGCUUGUGUUGUACGGACGUUGCAGAGAGAGAAGAAAUGGUAGUGCUCUCUUUACAAUGAAAAAUAAACACCAUCCAUUAGUCAAAUGCUGGCAAAUUUGGCCUGGAAAGGUGUAUUUGUGCUACUUUUGUAGCAAAGCAGCUGUCAUAUUGAUGCUGUCAGUUUGAUUCUAAAACUCAAGUUGGCUGCCCAAAUGCCUGAUAGAUUUUGAGAUUAACCAUCGUCACUUGUGGAUUUAGAAGGUUAGUUUCAUGGCUCAAACCUUUAAAAAUGCGCUGUAGGAAUGGACGAAAAACCCACAAGCCCAAACAGAAAUCCAGUCAGGCUUAGAAGUAGAGGCAGGUUUGGGCCAAACGAAGGGACCUUCGUUACUGGGGAAAGUCAGGGUCAAUGGCCUGAGUUGGCUGGAGCAGUGGGAGGUGAUCAUCAAAGUGUCCCUGUUGUCUUUAAAUUCAAGAGGGGAGGAAGGAAGGACAGACCUUUAACAAUGGAAGGUAGUUUGAGAAGGUGACUAUUCAGCGAGGCUUUGCAAGUCACGUGCCUUUUCUCCUCUGGCCAGGGUGAGACCAAGCCACAGCUCUUUCAGACUGGACCUCAUCAGCCUCUUCAACCAGGCCACAUGAAACCAUCAGCAGCUCGCGAUUCUGAAUAUGAUGACUCCUGUGUAUUAUACAAAAAAAGUCCUGCUUAGCUUUCAGUUCUAAUAGUGCUGUUGAAAUCUGUUUACCAGACAAGAAGCCGUUAAUGUCAGUUUCAUUGACGUCCACCUUUAUACCCUUCGUUAUGCUGUUUUCUCAUUGUUGUGCUAAAACUAAUGCUAAUUUGCAGUGUGUAGGGUGUAUUGUUUAUUUGGAAACCCUGCCAUUCUUUGGGUGGAUGGCUCUUGUGAUGAACCGGUCAAGACACAAAUCAAACUAUCCUGCGCUUUAGCUAGACCGACCCGGGCUCGAGGGAAACUGAUGGAGGUGAAAGCGAUAGGAAGUUCGCAUGUGUUCACACUGCCAGUAACUCGGUUGUUCUGUUCUGUCUGAAGCCAGGGAGGCCAGACCAAAGGCAGCAAACCCUUUUUGCUGCCUUUGGCUUUUUAAUACUGAUGGAAUUUGUUAAAAAAGAAUAGAUAAACUCUGUACUCAACCAAUAUUCAUUUGUCACUUUUCACCACUGGAUACCAACAGAUUUGGGUUGUUAGGGAAACAUAUCUAGGGGAAGUAAGGCAGUGAAGAGAUCUGAUUAUCAAGCAAUUCUCAGCUAACAGUUUGUUAAUCACCCGUCAACGGCACAGGAAAUGAACAGACUUGUUGACGGCUUUGCUCGCAGUGUGAACGCAGUGAGGGGAUUUCUCUAGGUAAAGAAGAGAAGGGAACAGAGUUUGUCUGGUUUUGUGAGCAAAGGAAACACUCCAAAAGCACAGACUGCUGAAGCCUCAUCUAAGCUUCAGGUUAACUUUGCAAUAUAUUUUUGCACUAAAUGUUAGGAAGGGAUCUCUUUACAGCCAGUAUGCAGAGGAGGAGUGAUUAUACUGAGGACCAGUAACUCUUCCAGUGUACCUACAGGAUAUGAGUGUUGUGUAUUGAGAUAGAGUUAAAUAAAUCGGAACCUGUCCCAUAAGGAGUUUUAUAUUUAGCAAAAUACAUUUGCUUAGCUUAGCUUAGUUUAGCUUAAGGACUGGAAACAGGAAAACAACUAGCCUGUUUCUAUCUGAAGGUAACAAAAUCCACCUUCUGAAACUCACUAAUUAACAUUUUAUAUUUAUAUAAUAUAUAAUUUGUUAUAUUUGUUUCAUCUCUACAAAGUCAAGAAGAUGAUUCAGCAUUUUAUGGGGGGUUAUGCCUCAAGAAAUAGUUCAGUACAUAACCCCCCAUAAAACCAUAAACUGUUUCUACACUUUACACAGCAUUAGAGGUGCUACUGGGUGGAUUGUGUUACCUUUGGACUGAGCUAGGCUAUCUCCUGUUUCCCGUCUUUGUGCUGAGCUAAGCUAACUAGCUCAUGGCCGUAGCUUCAUAUUUAACAGAUGUGAGAGUGGUAUCAAUCUUCACAAAAUGCUAUCUACCAGAAAGCGAAGAAGUGUAUUUCCCAAAAUGUUGAACUGCUCCUUUAAGUCCAUAUACAAGCUCUUAAACUUGAUACCCCCCUUCUUAUAGUCUUUUCUAGGAUCUUUCCACCAUGGUGAGACAAGCGGUCUGUCAGGCUUAUUGUAUUUCCUUUCUGCCUUCCAUUGUCCUCCAGUGUCUGCCUUUAGCUCUCUGCAGCCACGUUGAUUCCUCUGCUGUCGGUGUUUUGUCAAUCCCUGGUCCAUUGGCAGGGGGUUAGGUCGCUAAAGAUUCAAAUGGGAUCACAAAUAUAGGGCAUUCCUUUUUAUUUGUUUUAUUAUGUUAUAGAAUGGUUAUAUGAGAAGCAGCUCCUAGCAGAAUAUAUGUGAUUGCCAAAAUGUUGAUUGCAACACGCUUCCUCAAGUGGAAGUGAAGAGAUCAUAUCCCUGUUUGGUUGUGUUGUGUUGUGCUUAAAGCAGGGUUCUUCUGUGGCUCUAUAAAGCCUGGAUUACUGACAGAAGUAAGAUUAUUUCCAGGUCUUGAAAAAUGUUGGUAUUGUACAGAAGUUCUGGAAAUGCAGAAUAAAAUGUUAUUCAGUCCUGAUAAA